GUCCAAUGGAAAUUGUCAUCAAUGUAAUUGACCAAAAUGAUAAUAAGCCUCUGUUUACUCAAAAUCCUUUUAAUGGACAUGUUCAUGAAGCUGCUGGAAAAGAUUAUGAGUUUAUGACAGUCACAGCCACUGAUGCAGAUGACCCAGAAACGUACAACGGUAUAGUCAACUACGCAAUUGUCAGCCAAGAGCCACCAUUUCCAAAAGCAAACAUGUUUGAUAUCAACAUUUUAUCUGGAACCAUUCGUGUGCGAGAACCAGACAUGAACAGAGAGCAAUGGCCCAGAUAUACUUUGUUAAUUGUGGCUGCUGACAUGGAAGGAAAAGGUUCGUCAACCACUGGCACAGCUGUUAUUACAAUUACUGACAGCAAUUGA